AUGUUCAAUUUUAAAACUUUCAAACGUUUGCCUAUUGGUGGUUAUAUCUCAAAAACAUUAAGUAACAAUUGUAUUGCUCGUUAUAAUAAUAACUUUAAUUUUCUUGACCAAUGUAAACCUUUUAAUGGAUUUACGCGCGAAAUUCAUUCAGUCGAAAGUUAUUCGAAUUUUGGAAAUCAUAAACGGUUUGUUCAAACUCUUUAUGAGCGACCUUUAAAGAUUCACGGUAAUGGUGGUAAUGAAGUUAUGAUAGUUUCUAAAAAGAGGACGCGAACUCGUGAAUCCAAAUUUGCAAAACAUUCAACUAAGUUUGCUCAAACCCAACUUCCUAAAGAAAGUCCGCCCGAAUCAUCAAAUAAUGAGGUAUUCAAUAUUAACGCGGAAAUAAAAACCGUCAGUAGUGAUAAACCUUUGCCAGACGUGAUUUAUAAUUUGGAAUACAUACGAUCGACAUAUAAAGUAGAAGAAAUCAAAUCGAAACAAGAGAAUCAAUCAUGGAUUCAACAUCCUAAAUCUUUUCUUUCUGGUAUUUUGAAAGAUCAUGUUAAAGAGAAUUUUGGUUCUCUCAAUAAUCCAAUUCAUCGAUCAACUGUCAAAUUUGAGAUUAAAGGCAUUAAUAUUGAAGCACACGGUGAUGCAUCGACAAAGAAAGAAGCCGAGAGAUUAGCUUUUUUAAACGCCUGCUAUAUGAUUGAAGCUCAAGGUGCAAUACAAGAUGUGAUCACAGAAUCAAAAAAUGUGAGCCGACAAAAGAGUUCUGCAGAAAGCGCUAAGAAAUUUGUUACAGAAUAUUGUUCUCAGUUCAAUUUUAUUCCUAACUUUAGGAUUUAUGCCGCAGGACCUGAAAGUAAUAAAUCAUGGGAAUCCGUGGUUGAAUUUCCUGACCAAAAUUUAGUAGGUCGUGGUCGUGGAAAAUCAAGAAAGGAAGCAGAAGAUAAAGCAGCCGAACUUUUUAAAAAAAAUGCUGAAGAAUAUCAAUCCAUUCAUGGAACCGAAAAUUUGGAGAGUAUCAUUUCAGAGGAACAAGCAAAGAAUUUUACACAAUUUUACUGUAAACUUCGUCAAUUAAAAAAACCUAGAAUUGAACUUAAAAGUAUUGGUUUAAAUAGUGAGAAACAAUGGGUCGCUUCAAUUAUCGUUGAAAAUGAAAUCAUCGGUAAAGGUAAAAGAUCAAAUAAACAGGAGGCACAAAACAUUGCAUAUUUAUCUUCAGCCAUUAAUUUGCGUAAAGAUUCUCCUAGACUUUGGGAGAAAUUUCAGGUUAGAAAAGGUGAAAAAGGAACUAAGGAAAGACCAACACCGGUAGUGAAUGUUGAAAUGAGUGAUGAGACUUAUCAUUGCCUUGGUAGAUUGAUAUCAGAUGUGCGUGAUGCCAAUAUGUUUAACCAAGAAGAUAACUUUAUGUCAAGCAAAAAAUUAAAACAAAAUACUCAAAACAAACCUAAUUUAAACACAAGUAAAAGUAAAGAAAAAUUUACAACGAAACAACUCGAUGAAAAAUCUAAGAAAUUAUAUGAUGAUUUUCAAAAAUAUCUAGUUUCUAAAUCUUCACAAAAAAUUAGGAAUGAUCGAAGUCAACUUCCUAUUACUCAUUAUUCCAGUAUGAUAUUAGAUGCUGUCAAAAAUAAUCCUGUAACGGUUAUCGUUGGUUCAACUGGUUGUGGAAAAACGACCCAGUUGCCUCAACUUAUAUUUGAGAAAGCCAUAAUGGAACAUAAAGGUGCAAAUUGCAAUAUUAUAGUAACGCAACCACGAAGAAUAGCUGCCAUAUCUGUAGCUCAACGUGUUGCGCAAGAGCGUGCAGAAAAAUUAGGACAAACUAUAGGUUAUAACGUUAGAUUUGAUGUAGUUAAACCAAAUCCUGCGGGAAGUAUUUUAUAUUGUACUACUGGUAUAUUUCUUCGAAGAAUGCAAGAAGUGAAAAGUGGACGUGAUUCAUUGGAAGGAAUUUCUCAUAUAAUUGUGGAUGAAGUUCAUGAAAGAGAUAUGGAAACCGAUUUUAUGUUAGUAAUAUUGAAGCAACUUCUUCAAGAAAGGAAAAAGAAUAAUCAACCACUUGUUAAAUUGGUUCUUAUGAGUGCCACUAUAGAUACUGGUAUUUUUUCAGAAUAUUUUGGAGAAUUUUCUCCCAGUGGAAAAUGUCCAAUUGUCGAAGUACCAGGAAAAAUAUUUCCCGUAAAACAACACUUUUUAGAUGACAUUAUUAAAGAUCUCAAAAAAAUUUAUUUACCUUCCGACAUUCCGCAGCUUAACCAAAAGGAAACUAUAAAAUAUGUUGAACGUGAAUUUAAAUAUGUUCCAGAACCUGAAUUAUCAGAAUCAUCAGAAUCAACUGCAAUAGAAUUUACAACGAGUAAUGAUAAUAAUGAUAUCGAAAAUAAGAUCGACAAUUCAUUAAUAGAUAUAGAAAAAGAAGAUGCCGAAAUUCCUUAUAGUUUAAUUGCAUUAGUCAUCGCUCAUAUAAUUCGUACAACUAAUGAUGGUGCAAUCCUAGUUUUCUUAUCUGGAUUAGAUGAUAUUAAUUAUGUCAACCGCUUCCUUACUACUCCGCCAUAUCCGCUUGGGAUCGAUUUCACCGAUGAAACACGAUUUAAAUUACAUAUACUUCAUUCAUCACUUCCUUCAUUAUCUCAACAAGAAGUAUUCGACCCACUUCCAAAUCCCACAAUGCGUAAGAUUAUUUUAGCCACAAACAUUGCGGAAACUUCAAUCACUAUUAAAGAUGUGGUUUAUGUGAUUGAUUCAGGAAAAGUUAAGGAAAAUCGUUAUGAUCAAUCAAGAAGAAUGACAAGCUUAACCACUACAUGGAUAAGUACUUCAAAUGCUCGACAACGAUCAGGUAGAGCAGGUCGUGUUCGUGAAGGGGAAUAUUAUUCGAUGAUGUCACGUGAUAGAUAUGAGAAUCUUAAACCUUAUGCGACUCCAGAGAUUAUGCGUUCGGAUUUACAAGAAAUUUGUUUACAUAUUAAAGCUCUUCGGUUUUCAACUUCAAUUGGAGAUGUACUUUCACAGGCCAUUCAACCUCCAGAUCCAUCUAGUGUUCAAAUUGCUCUAGAGAACUUAAAAUCACUCCAAGCACUAGAUAAUGAUGAAGAGUUGACACCAUUAGGGAAGAUUUUAGCUACACUUCCAAUGGAACCAGGUUUUGGUAAAAUGGUAUUACUGGGUGCUAUUUUCCAAUGCCUAGAUCCGGUUUUAACAAUUGCCGCAUCAAUGGGGACAAAGAGUCCAUUCCAUUCCCCUCCAUACGCAAAAGCAAAGGCUGACGAAAUUCGAUUUCAAUGGUCUCAAGGAAUGUGUUCUGAUCAUAUGACGGUUUUAAAUGCAUUCAUAAGAUGGAGUGAAGUUCAAGCUAAUGAAAAAUAUAAAGAUGUCACCGAUUUUUGUAUGGAAAACUUUUUAAGUAGGAUAGAUAUGAAAACAAUUGAUCAGAUUAAAGUUCAAUUGUUAAAUCUUUUACAACGUUCUGGAGUUGUACCAUCAUUUUAUCAAAAACGAGGAUCAACUUAUGAUACUCAUACAUUGGGACCUCCUGAAUAUAAUGUUAAUUCUAAUUGUGUACCAUUGAUUCGUGCUCUAAUUUGUGCAGGUGUUUAUCCGAACUUAUCCGUUAAAGCUACUAAACAAGCACUUAGAACAAGACAGGAUCCUGUUACUUUGAUACAUCCUGCAUCUGUGAAUAGUAGAAAAGCUGUUAAGUUAUCAUCAAAUUUAGAUAGUCCAAUAGGUACACUUUAUGCGUUCUCUGAGAAGGUUAAGGCUACUGGAUCAUCGAUAUUUCUUCGUGGAACUACUCGGGUCGAUCCAUUAUCAGUAAUUUUAUUCGGAGGAGCCGUUGAAACUAAGAGAGAAAAUGAUACUCUUAAUCUUGUUGUUGAUGAUUGGAUUAAAUUUAAAGGUGAUGAAUACGCACUUAAUUUGACGGUUUAUUUGAAAAAUUAUUUAGAACAAUGCUUAACUCAAGUAUUUGAAAGACUGGAGGUGUCACAUUCAAAUGUUCGUAGAGGUGGUAAAUUAGCGGGACAAUUGAGACGUGAAGAUGAAAUGGUAAAAAAUAGACUUGUUCAAGGUUUAGCAGAAGUUUUAGAGUCGGCGGAACAGGAUCAAUUAGAAAUUCAAAGACAUCAAGCUAGGGAGAACGAAAGAUUUGGGCGAAGACCAAGGAAGAUACUUAGAGUCGUCUAA